CUCCGAUUCGGCCCAGCAUCGUUCCUGCCCUGCCAUCGACAAUAGAUUUCGCCUUGCUAAAGUACCUCUCGACCCCCGAUAGCGAGUGCCUGAUAUUCGCGCCAUGUCUGAAUCCCACGCGAUCAACCACGUUGCUUCGGAAAGCGACUUCGACUCGCUCCUCGCGAGCACGCGAUACGUAGUCGUCGACUUCUACGCCGACUGGUGUGGGCCAUGCAAGAUGAUCGCCCCGCACUUUCUCCGGAUGGCGUCGACAUUCUCGAUUCCCGGGUUUCUUGCCUUCGCCAAGGUGGACGUCGACAAAGUCCGACCCGUUGCCCAGAGGUACUCGGUCGCUGCCAUGCCCACCUUUAUGUUCUUCAAGGAGGGCAAGCAGGUCGCCGUCAACGCCAAUGAAAGAAUACAAGGCGCGGACUUGCCGGCCUUGGCACAGGCGGUAGAGAAAGUGGGGAGGCUUGCAAAAGAGAAGGCCGACGCUGCCGCCGCAAAAUAACACUUCAAAGGUGCCGCGGCCACUACAUGAACAACAGAUUUCGACAAUAUUGGGAAGCGCAGCCACGGUUUAUCUGAGAGCCUGCUCAGCAGAAUCACAAUAGGAAUCCCGUCGUCCGCCCUCGAAGCUGCCUUUUCACGCCUCUGCUUUUUGUGACUACUGCAAACACUUCUCGCGCCGUGGUUGGACCCUGACGCCAGGUCGGGCGGAUCGACGUCAAGGAUCUGAGGUGAUGUCAUGCUCCAACGACUCGGUCGUAUCGUCGUUCCACAAUUGUCUGCCAGACCGCGCGACUUUCUGGCAACCCAGUCAGCUAUCUUUUAAGCA